UCAGCAUUCGACAGUAGAGUACAAUCAGUACAUAAAUACAGCAUGGAUUUCUACUAUAUGCCCGGCUCAGCCCCCUGCCGUUCAGUGAUCAUGACGGCGAAAGCUCUGGGCGUCGAGCUGAACAAGAAAAUUGUGAAUACCUUGGAGAAGGAGCAACUGAAACCAGAAUUUGUGAAAAUCAACCCACAGCACACGAUCCCAACGAUCGUGGAUAAUGGCUUCGCACUGUGGGAGUCGCGUGCUAUUCUGGUCUACCUGGUUGAGAAGUACGGCAAGGACGACUCGCUCUACCCCAAGGAUCCCAAGCAACAGGCUAUAGUCAAUCAGCGCCUAUACUUUGACAUGGGUGUGCUGUUCAAAUCAUUCGCUGAUUAUUACUACCCAAUAUUAAUUUUUAACAAGCCCGAAGAUCCUGAAAACUUCAAAAAGAUCGAGACUGCCGUCGGUUUCCUAAACACCUUCCUCGAGGGUCAAGAGUACGUGGCUGGCGAUCAUUUAACCAUCGCUGAUAUUGCCAUUCUGGCCACCGUUUCUACAUUUGUGGCUGUCAAUUUUGAGCUCAAGAGCUAUCCAAACGUGGCCAAGUGGUACGCCAACGCCGAGAAGGUAGUGCCUGGCUGGUCAGAAAAUUUGGAAGGUCUGGCCCAGAUGAAACAAUGGUUCGAUGCUAAAAUGAAAGACGUGAAAGCCUAAAUUAUUUUUUCCAUU